AUGACGUCAUUUUAUUAUAAUUUAUGUACUACUAAUGACAUUUUCUCAUUUCUUGUCUUGAUUUUGUUUGGUAAUGUUGUUGGUGUUCUUGUUUUGGUAAAACAGAGAUCAAGCUCUCUCACUGUUGGAGAACAAUUCUGCGCUGUCUUCAUACCUUUCUUUGCCAUUGUUGAUGUCCUCAUUUCCUCCGUCGGACAAUGCUUCGAUUGCCGGAGCACAUCGCCUGACACAUGUCAGCACGCGGAUCUCGAACGUCUUGCCCGUGAAUCUCGAUUUUCAGUCAAUGAAGUUGAAGCUUUGUAUGAGCUAUUCAAGAAAUUGAGCUGUUCAAUUAUUGAUGACGGCUUGAUUCACAAGGAAGAGCUUCGACUGGCGCUGUUCCAAGCUCCAUAUGGUGAGAACCUCUUUCUUGAUAGGGUUUUUGAUCUGUUCGAUGAAAAGAAGAAUGGGGUUAUUGAGUUUGAAGAAUUCAUACAUGCUCUCAGUGUCUUUCAUCCCUAUGCACCAAUAGAGGAGAAGAUCGACUUUUCCUUUAGGCUCUACGAUCUAAGACAAACCGGAUUUAUUGAGCGAGAAGAGGUGCAACAAAUGGUUUCUGCUAUUCUGAUGGAAUCUGAUAUGUUGCUGUCUGAUGAACUUCUGGCCAUGAUUAUUGAUAAAACAUUUGCUGAUGCAGAUUCCGACAAAGAUGGUAAAAUUAACAAGGAGGAAUGGAAGGUGUAUGUGCUUAAGCAUCCGAGCUUGUUGAAGAAUAUGACUCUUCCUUACCUAAAGGAUGUGACGACAGCAUUCCCAAGUUUUAUAUUCAACACUGAGGUUGAAGAUUAAGGCAGCACCGUGUCCAUGGAACACCCGUUGUCUUUUUUCUGCUUGGUCCCGUAACUCGAGUGAGAUUGUCAUGGCGCAAGAGCAGAUAUUGGUCUGGUAUUCCUUAUUGUAUUUUACCCAAAUUAGUUGGUGAUUAUUAGCUGUAAGUAAAUUUGUCAAGGAUUUAGCUAUGUUUUGAUGAGUUUAUUGUAGAUUGUUCCAUUGAAAGUAAUGUAGCAUUUUUCUUUUCAUCUU